UCGUGGUUACCUAUUUUCGUGGUUUCCUAUUUUCGUGGAUACCUAUUUUCGUGGUUUCCUAUUUUCGUGGAUACCUAUUUUCGUGGUUUCCUAUUUUCGUGGAUACCUAUUUUCGUGGUUUCCUAUUUUCGUGGAUACCUAUUUUCGUGGUUACCUAUUUUCGUGGUUACCUAUUUUCGUGGUUUCCUAUUUUCGUGGUUUCCUAUUUUCGUGGAUACCUAUUUUCGUGGUUACCUAUUUUCGUGGUUUCCUAUUUUCGUGAUUACCUAUUUUCGUGGUUUCCUAUUUUCGUGGAUACCUAUUUUCGUGGUUUCCUAUUUUCGUGGUUACCUAUUUUCGUGA